GCUGCUCCGCCCGCCUAGGCCAAAAGGGAGGCGCCGCCCUCACAGGCCGUAAACACCGCUGGAAGGAAGGGAGGAAGGCAGGCAGGCAGUCUGAGCCAUGCUGGGCAAGGACUAUAUGCUGGCCAUUAUCCUGGUCAACUGCGACGAUAAUCUUUGGAAUGACCAGAAUCUGGAAGCAGAUCUUGAUCUUCCCCCAGGAUGGAGGAAAAUCCACGACUCCUCAGGGACCUACUAUUGGCAUGUGCCCACAGGCAUGACCCAGUGGCAACACCCAUCCUGCACUUCUGAUCAGGGACAGAGUGUGGAAGCAGCUUUACCAGAAACGAAUUCUCAGACUGCUACAAUGAGACAUGUGUCCAGGGAGCGACCCAUCCCAAGCCCCAUGGCAUCACUGCCCAGAAGAAGCACGUCAUUGACCUGGCAUGGAGAAGAGCAUCAUCAAACCAUCAAGGAGCCUGGUUCCAAGUGCUUUGUUGUGCGUUCAUUAGGCUGGGUGGAGAUCCCUGAGGAAGACCUGGCUCCUGGCAAAAGUAGCAUUGCAGUGAAUAAUUGCAUCCAACAACUCUCUCAGAACAAGUGUGACAAUUGGGAACCCGCUGACAGAUGGGGUGAGGGGCAAAACAUGGUCAUGAUCCUGAAGAAAGACACCAUGAGCCUGGUGGACCCUUUAGACCACAGCCUCAUCCACAGCCAGCCCAUCAUCAAUAUCCGUGUCUGGGGUGUGGGCUGCAACAAUGGCAGGGACAGGGAUUUUGCUUUCGUUGCCAGUGACAAGGACACGUGUAUGCUGAAGUGCCAUGUCUUCCACUGCAAUGUGCCUGCCAAGGCCAUUGCCAAAGCCCUGCAUGAAAUGUGCUCCAAGAUCAUGGCUGAGCGAACAGUGGCAAGUAAUUGCGUCAGUCGAUCUGUUACUCUUGAACCUCUCACUCCAGAUGCCUUAUCUCGGCAAGUUGACAUUCUGGAUGCUGUGGGAGAGUCUGUCCAGAAAUUUGAAGUUUUGUAUAUCGGCAGCUUACCAGUGACCAAAGCCAUGGGGAUGGAUGUGCUGAACAAUGCUAUUGAAGACCUGAUGAGCAGCCAGGAGCGUGAGCAGUGGGCUCCAUCAGUCAUCAGUAUUUCAGACUCUGUGAUGCAAGCAGACCAGACUGAGGACUUGGUGAAGAAAGAGGAGGAAGAGGAGGACACCUGCAUUUGGCAAUGCCAAGUCCGCUACGUGACUUUUAUUGGGAUUGGGAAAGAUGCUCACACAUUUGCCCUCAUCACUGACAUGGGGCAGCAACGUUUCCAGUGUACAGCAUUUUGGUGCGAACCAGAUGCCGUCAUCAUCUCAGAAGCAGUUCAAGCUGCAUGCAUGGUUCAGUAUCAGAAGUGCUUAGUGGCUUCAACAUCACGGAUGAAACCAAAAAUUGGCUCACGCUCCAUCCUGAAAAUGAAAAGGACAGUGUCAGUAGACUCACCAGUGUGCCCUUUUCCUGCCACAGGGCACUCUCUGCAAAAGAAUGGGAGCGGGGGCCCUGCACGCAAGAGGGGAGUGUUCUCUUUCUUCGAAGCAUUCCGUCAAAAGUAUUCCAUGCUGCAGACACCUUAGGACAAAAGAGACAGCAUGGAGGAGAUGGUGGGCCCCACGGGAUACUUAACAGCAGCCUUCUUCUGAUGUCCAGGCUCAGAAUAUAGAUAAUGCAACGUUGGCUAUUAUGUCUUUCACUGAAGCUAAAAAAGCCAACAGAUGCAAGCAAGACUAGCCCUUGGGGGAGGGCCCUGGCUGAUCCUGGACAUGCUAUGCAUAUUUCUUCUAGUCCCUUGCUAUAUAGAUAUUAUGAGGAAAAGGAGAGGUUGCUUUGGGGGAGAUGAAUGCCGCACGUGAAUGUUUGGGAAUGUUCCUUGGCAUGUGGGGCAGUGAGCAUCAAAUGCACCACACAGGCUUAAAAUCUGACUCCUUAACCCCUGAGGUUUGUGGAACACAGCAAAGCAGGCAUGAUAGCUUCUUGAGGCAGUAGCUGCACUUGAUUUUAUGUAGUUAAAGCUGUGGAUAUCUCUGGUCUUCUGUCCCCAGCUGUAGCAUGAAUGCUUGGCAUAUGAAAACCCAACUACAGACCCAGUGGAAAGAAGCAAUCUUUGCAGCUCCGAACAAGCACUUGUCUUAGUCUGAGGCAGCAAAUAUAUGCUUGUGGACAUCUGGGGUUAUCAGUCAUAAAUAAGAGAAGCAUUUCCCUUAAGGAAUGACAAUUUAUAUACUGUUGGUCCAUGCCUUGAGGCACAGAGACCAUCCCUCAUAUUCAUGAGAGACUACACUCCUCCUUCAUAAUAUAGAAUGGCAGAGCCCUACCUAUUGCAGAACACCUUUUUGUUGGCAAAAGCUGUGCCAAUCAUCUGGCUUCUGAAUAUGACUGAGUAGCAUGUGGCCAGGAGCGCUGUAAUCAGAGGUUGCCAACCACCCAGAUAUUGGGGAAGCAACUCUUCUGAAAUAAGCCAGUGGCCAUAAUUAAGCAUAGACACUAAGCAGAUGGUGCACACAGUGCCAGUGCCCACUAGCAAAAUGUCUGUAACAACAUGUGUUGCACCAGCACUCAUGAUUGUCCUUUAUAACAACACCAGCAUGCCUAGCCUGGCACUUGGAUUGGGAACCAUCCAUCCAGACCAUCGCCGUGUGUGGCCCAGUGCUGGUGAGCAGCUCCAACAAAUGAUAACACAUUUGUGAGAAAAGAAGUAGGAUAAGGAGAAUGUAAGCAUUUUCUGUGGAUUCCUUUUUAUUUUUUAAAAAAGUAUAUAAAUAAUGUUUCUUCAACAAUUGGUGAAAUGUCUUACUGAGUUUCACUUUAUUUGUGUUAGAAGUGGGUGCCGGAGGCUGGCGAGAGGGGAGGGAGUUCUCCAGAUACAUUCCCUUUGCAGUUUUCAGCCUAGUGUAACUCACUAAUCAUUACCCCUAGGUUAAGAUAGACUCAAGUCUACCUCAGUGAUACUUUAUAUCUGAUCAUUUGUGCAAAUAAAUUACUAAUAUAGAAGAAAGCUAGACUUGCUU